AUGGCUGGAGAACGAAUGCGUUCCGUGCUGUGGGCCGAUGGCGGCCUGCAGCUCAUUGACCAGCGCAAACUACCGACGGAGCUGGUGCUGAUGCGCUGCGAGACUGUGGACGACGUCACGCGUGCCAUUGCGGACAUGGCAGUGCGCGGCGCCCCCGCGAUCGGCGCGGCCGGCGCGUUCGGCCUGGCGAUCGCCGCCAAGAACUUUCAGGCCACAGCCUGUGGUACCAAGGAAGAUCUGCUCAAGACUGUGGAGCAGGCGAAGACGACCAUUGAUGCCGCUCGACCGACAGCUGUCAACUUGACUUGGGCGACGGAGCGCGUGGUUAAGAUGAUCCGUGUCAAAGUGCAGACGGACGUGAGCGUCGCUGACUUGGCGACCUAUACGCUAACGGUCGCUCAGGCGUUGGCCGAGGAGGAUGUGGCGAUCAACAAGAGAUUGAGCGAGUUCGGGGCAGAAGUCGUGCCUGCCGGUGCCAACAUCUUGCACCACUGCAACACCGGCGCGUUGGCGACCGUAGACAUCGGUACAGCUAUCGGUGUCAUCUACGAGUGCCACGCACAGGGCAAGAACGUCCACGUGUGGGUGGAUGAAACUCGUCCACGUCUGCAGGGCGCGCGCCUGUCGGCCUGGGAGCUCAUGCGCGAGGGCGUGCCAAUUCACCUCAUCGCCGACAAUGCAGCGGGUUACCUCAUGCUGUCUGGCAAAGUGGACGUGGUGCUGUUCGGAGCUGACCGUGUGGCAGCGAACGGAGACAUCGUGAACAAGAUCGGCACGUACAAGCUGGCGGUGGUCGCCAAGGAGAACAAGGUGCCUGUGUACGCGUGCGUGCCUACGAGCACCAUCGAUCUUAACUUUCUCGAGGGAAUGGGUAUCCCCAUUGAGGAGCGCGAUGCCGACGAGGUGGCCUGCAUUCGCGGCGUGCGUAUCGCGCCCGAGGGCUGCCCGGUGUUCAACCCGGCGUUCGACGUCACGCCCAACCGCUAUCUAACUGGUAUUAUCACGGGGGAAGGAGUGUGCUACCCUCCAUUCGAGCAGAGUCUCGCGAAGGCGGUGGCCGCGGCGGAGAAGCGCCGUGCCCAGGCCUAG